AAAGCUUUGGAUUGCUAGCUCAGACUCUGUGAGAAGGCAUCAUGGAUCUGGUUGUGGUCCUGGUGCUUAGUCUCUCCUGUCUGCUUCUCCUUUCACUCUGGAAACAGAGCUCUGGGAAAGGGGAGCUCCCACCUGGCCCCACUCCUCUCCCAAUUCUUGGAAAUAUCCUACAGUUGGAUGUUAAGAACAUCAGCAAAUCCUUAAGCAACCUCGCAGAAGUCUAUGGCCCUGUGUUCACCGUGUAUUUUGGCAUCAAGCCCACUGUGGUGUUAUAUGGAUAUGAAGCAGUGAAGGAAGCUCUGGUUGAUCUGGGAGAGGAGUUUUCUGGAAGAGGCCAUUUCCCAGUGGCCGAAAAAACUCAGAAAGGACUUGGAAUCAUCUUCAGCAAUGGAAAGAAAUGGAAGGAAAUCCGGCGCUUCUCCCUCAUGACCUUGCGGAAUUUAGGGAUGGGGAAAAGGAGCAUUGAGGAUCGCAUUCAGGAGGAAGCCUGCUGCCUUGUGGAGGAGUUAAGAAAAACCAAUGCCUCACCCUGUGAUCCCACUUUUAUCCUGGACUGUGCUCCCUGCAAUGUGAUCUGCUCCAUUAUUUUCCAAAAUCGUUUUGAUUAUACAGAUCAGGAUUUUCUUACCUUGUUGGAAAAAUUCCAUGAAAACCUCAAUAUUCUGAGCUCUCCAUGGAUCCAGGUCUGUAAUAACUUCCCUGCUCUCAUUGAUUAUUCUCCAGGAAUUCAUAACAAAUUACUUAAAAAUAUUGCUUAUUUGAAAAGUUAUGUUUUGAAGAAAGUAAAAGAACACCAAGAAUCACUGGACAUUAACAAUCCUCGGGACUUCAUUGACUGUUUCCUGAUCAAAAUGGAACAGGAAAAGCACAAUCAACAGUCUGAAUAUACAAUUGAAAACUUGGUAGCCACUGUAUCUGAUAUGUUUUCUGCUGGUGCAGAGACAACAAGCACCACCAUGAGAUAUGGACUCCUGCUUCUACUGAAGCACCCAGAGGUCACAGCUAAGGUCCAGGAAGAGAUUGACCGUGUGAUUGGCAGACACCGGAGUGCCUGCAUGCAGGACAGGAGCCACAUGCCCUACACAGAUGCUGUGGUGCACGAGAUCCAGAGAUACAUUGACCUGGUCCCCACCAACCUGCCCCAUGCUGUGACUUGUGACAUUAAAUUCAGAAACUACCUCAUCCCCAAGGGCACAACAAUAUUAACAUCUUUGACUUCUGUGCUGUAUGAUUGCAAAGCAUUCCCCAACCCAGAAGUGUUUGACCCUGGCCAUUUCCUAGAUGAGAGUGGUAACUUUAAGAAGAGUGACUACUUCAUGCCUUUCUCAACAGGAAAACGGAUUUGUGUGGGAGAGGGCCUGGCCCGCAUGGAGCUGUUUUUAUUCCUGACCACAAUUUUACAGAAAUUUAACCUGAAAUCUGUGGUUGAUCCAAAGGACAUCGACACCACUCCAGUUGCCAAUGGAUUUGCUUCUGUGCCUCCCUUCUACCAGAUCUGCUUCAUUCCACUGUGA